CCUCUCUCAUACCCUCCCCCCCUCCUCCUCCCCGUAUCAAUUCUACCCUUCAGAGUCUGUUCAAAAUGGCCGGAGGAGUUAAGAAGCCCGUCAACAUCUUUAGGUUGAAAGACCUUGAUGAGCCCGCAGGCGCCUUCAACUGGCGACUGUGGUUUGCCGUCAUCUCCUUCUCUCUACUUGGUGCCGCCCGAGGUAUCGACGAGGGUCUUAUUUCCGGCGCCUUCAACUCGGUCGACUUCAAGAGAACCAUCAACUAUGACUCCUACACCACCGUCGAGCAGGCCAACAUCAAGGCCAAUGUCUCCGCCAUGGUCCAAAUCGGAUCCGUUGGUGGCGCUCUGAUUGCUUUCGUUAUUUGCGACAAAAUCGGCCGUAUCUGGGCUACCCGCUUCCUUUGCGUGCUCUGGGCCGCUGGUAUUGCCAUCUUCAUGGCUGGUGGUGUUAACGGCAGCCUGGCCGCAAUCUACGCUGGACGUUUCAUUGCCGGUCUCGGUGUGGGACAAACUCCCGUCGUCGGUCCUAUUUAUAUCGCUGAGGUGGCUCCCGCCUCUAUUCGAGGUCUCUGCACAUGUUUCUUCACUGGUGCCGUCUACAUCGGCAUCGUGCUGGCAUACUUCACCAACUAUGGCUGCGCCGUCCACAUGUCCGAGCACACCCACAACCGAUGGCUGGUCCCCACCAGCCUGCACAUCAUGAUGUCCGGAAUCAUCCUGAUCCUCAUGUUCUUCCAGUCCGAGUCCCCUCGUUUCCUCGUGAAGCAGGGCAAGCCCGACGAGGCUGCCAUGGUCAUGGCCCGCAUCCGUCAGCAGCCCGUUGACGGCGAGUACAUCAUCGGAGAGAUCGCCACUAUCCAGAACGCCCUCGACCACGAGCUCGAGGCCACCAAGGGUGUCGGUGCCCUCGGCAAGAUCAAGGAGAUGUUCCUCGUCCCCAGCAACCUGUACCGCCUCUACCUCACCAGCAUGGUGCAGUUCCUCUCUCAGUGGUCCGGAGCCGGCUCUAUUACCCUCUACGCCCCUGAUCUUUUCAGCCUUCUUGGUAUUACUGGCACCAACGAGACGCUUCUUGUCACUGCCGUCUUUGGUAUUGUCAAGCUCUGCGCUGCCCUGAUCUGCGCCCUCUUCCUUGUCGAUGUCAUUGGCCGAAAGCGAGCUCUUCUCACCGGCAUCACCCUCCAGACCAUUGCCAUGCUCUACGUCGCUUCCUUCCUCACCAGUGUUCCUAAGAUGGGCGUUGUUGAUGACUUUGUCCUCCCCGAGUCCGACAAGGGCCCCAGCCGAGGUGCCAUUGCCAUGAUCUACAUCUCUGGAUUCGGUUGGGCUCUGGGCUGGAACUCCAUGCAGUACCUCCUCACUGCCGAGCUGUUCCCUCUCCGAAUUCGUGCCCUGGCCACCUCGUGGGCCAUGACUCUGCACUUCGCCAACCAGUACGGUAACUCCCGCGCUGUUCCCAACAUGCUUCUCCCCACCGGCCAUGGUGGUAUCUCUCCCAAGGGUACCUUCUGGUGCUUCGCCGCCGUCACCUUCAUUGGUGGUCUUUGGGUCUUGAUCUCGGUUCCUGAGACAAGUGGUCGCAGCCUGGAGAGCAUGGAUCACCUGUUCGACCUGCCCUGGUACAAGAUUGGUCUUUACGGCAACCAGGAUGCCGAGCAGAAGGACAUCGCUAAGGAUGAGAAGCAACGCAUUGCUGAGGAGGACCACGGCAUGGGCGUCGAGAUUGAGGAUAAGCGAAGACAGGGGGCUUAGGAAGCGAGUACACUCGCUCCAGCAUUAUGAUUAUCGACGGUACAAAAUGAGAUAUUUACGUCAUUGUGCUCUUUGAGAGAGGCAUUAGGUAGCAUCCUAGUCGCUAGUUUUGCGAUAGGAAAAUACAAACAGACUCAAGUGGUCAAACCAUUGGUC